GCGACCCGCCACGCUGCGCAGGCGCUGCUGCCGCCGGCGGCCCGGCCCGGCACCGCGGGGUGACCGAGGGGCUCCGCUCCCGGAGAGCCGCGGCGGUUCUGCCUCGCGCCCGCCGCCAUGAAGAUCUGGACCUCGGAGCACGUGUUCGAUCAUCCCUGGGAAACUGUAACAACAGCUGCUAUGCAGAAGUACCCAAACCCGAUGAACCCCAGCGUGGUCGGAGUGGACGUCCUGGACAGACACAUUGACAGCAGCGGGAAGCUGCACAGCCACAGGCUGCUCAGCACGGAGUGGGGAAUCCCAGGCAUUGUGAAAUCGCUCAUUGGCACAUGCAGAACGAAGACAUACGUCCAGGAGCACUCCGUCGUUGACCCACUGAAAAAAACGAUGGAGCUGAAAUCCAGUAACAUUUCAUUUACAAACCUCGUGUCAGUAGAUGAGAGGCUUGUCUAUAAACCACACCCUCAUGAACCAGACAAAACCGUUUUGACACAAGAAGCAAUAAUAUCUGUGAAAGGUGUCAGUCUCAGUAGUUACCUAGAGGGAUUAAUGGCAAACACGAUUUCCUCCAAUGCUAAUAAAGGUCGCGAAGCACUGGAAUGGGUAAUAAAUAGACUCAAUGCUGAAAUUGAGGAGUUCACAGCUUCAGCAAGAGGAACAAUGAGGAAUUCAAUGGCAGCAGCAGCAUUUGUAGAGAAAUGAUAGUAAAUGUAUUUGUGUUCAUAACAAGGUUUAGCAAUCCAAAGCUUCUCUCCAAACAUAAAUAUAUAUAUUCUUUAUUAUUUAAGGGCAU